AUGAUGGGCCUGCCAGUGACGGAGGACCUGUACUCUAUCUUCAGUAAAGAAAAGGAGCAUGAAGAGAAGGAGAAAGAGAGCCAAAGGGGAGCGCAGGAGCAGGUCAGCCUCCUGCUGCAGACCUACAUGCAGCUUUUACUGCCUGAUGACGAGAAGUUUCAUGGAGGUUGGGCUCUCAUCAAUUGUGACAUGAGCCUCAUUGAUGCAACCAACAAAGACGUGGAUGUGCUGCUGCUCCUGUCUAACAAUGCCUAUUACAUUGCUUACUAUGAUGAAGAAGCAGAUAAAGUCAACCAAUACCAGCGUCUCAAUUUGGAGGGUUUGGAAAAGAUUGAAAUUGGUCCAGAGCCUACUCUGUUUGGGAAGCCAAAGUUCUGCUGCAUGCGUUUGCAUUACAGGAAUGAAGAGACAAGUGGAUACUUUCACACGCUGAGAGCAGCAACACGAAAUCCUGAGGAUGAUGGAAAAGACACAUUACAGUGCAUAGCUGAGAUGCUUCGCAUAACUAAACAGGCCGUGGGGCUGGAUCUGCUUGUGGUUGAAAAGAAGCUGGAGCGGCGGCAGAGCAAACCUCAUGAGGAUAUAAUGGGCAUCCAGAACAAACCUGCUGACCACGUCCAGGGUAGUUCUGGUCUGGCGCAGGGCAAAAGCUUCCUCCUCAACAAAUUCUCCUCCCUCAAUCAGAAAGUGAAACAGACCAAGACGAACGUAAACAUUGGCCCCUUCAAGCCCCUCGGUAGGCUGAGCAACUUCUCUAAACCUGAUGUAAAAGAUUUCCUAAAGCCAACUAUGCAUGUCAACCUGUGGAAGUCGGACAGCAGCUUGGAGACAUCAGAUAAUAACCCUGGUACAGGAGCUGUAAAAGAUAUUGGUGACGAGCACUCUGAAAUAUCAGACUCUGACUCCUAUAAUUCUGACCCAGAGCACCCGUGUUCUGGUUCUUUAGAAAAUGUGGACUAUGUGCUGCCCAGCUGUGGCAUAGUAGCAUCAAACCCACGACUGGGCAGCCGCUCCCAAUCUAUCGGUAGCGUGGAGCUAAAUAUCCCUUCUGUUAUUCGGGUCACUGGCUGUGACGGAAAGCAGGAAAGCUCCUCUCAAGUCAGUGAUGACAAGUCCCCAGGGGCCGCCUCGGUGGCUGAAGAAGCCAUUCUGAUUGACUUUGGUACUCCCAUUGAUGCCUACUGCCACCAGUUUGUCCAGGAUGCACAAACCAAACCUGUGGAGGUGUUUGGAGAGCAGCCACCAGCUGCUGUCCCCCAACUCAACCCUGCGGUGCCUGCGCAGAAGAAGAUCCUAGCAGACCCAGACAAGCAGCCAAGCUCUGAACCGCAGCAUCAGAAGGGGGAGCCCCAGCUCCCUAGGCCUUCACAGCUAGACGUCGAGUCCACUACCUCCUGUUCCAACCUCCUCACCGUCCAGAAGCCCAGCUCUGCUGCCUCAGGUGGCUCUCAGAGGAGUCUGAGUUCACUGAUGGAGGGCAGCCUCGGCCCUUCGCCUGCCGACAGCAACGGCAGCCGAGUGGUGUCCCCCUUUGCCAAGAUCAAGAGCUCCAUGGUCCAGGUAGCCAGCCUCACCCAGGCGGGACUCACCCAGGGCAUCAACUUCGCUGUGGCAAAGGAUUGCAAACACUGGAGCAGUACUCAAGCAGAGCAGAAACGUAUUCUGUCCUAAACUGGCUGUUAGGCUAAAAGGAACAGUAAUCCUCAACAUUCCCGAUAGAGACCACAAUGCUAGUGUGUUGGGGUCUGAAUUUUUUUUUUUUUUUUUUAAAUGCAAAAGUUGGCAACUGUAUUUGAUCGUAUAUUUGCUGGGUGAGAAUUUUCUCCUUUCCUUUUUGUUUUACAGCAAGUGCUUUUGCAACCACCUUUUCAUGCAUUUUCUGUGGAUGUCCUCCCCUCCCAUUAGGACCCCAGACCAUGACAAGAGGUCUUAAAGCAUUUGAUUUGCACUGUUUAAGCACAUUUUCUAGCAUUUGCACCAUCCAUCUGAAUGUCAGCAGUCAUGUCUUUCCUCUUUACCAACUGACUGUUGUCAUUGUUUUCCACAGUGUACUGAGAUUGUAUAUUAAAGUAUCCUAUUUAUUCUUA